GCAGUAUGAGUGUGCGGAGCGGGUGAGUGCGGUCAGUGCUGUGUGUGAACCCCGUGUGUGACCCCACAACAACAACAACAACAACAACAACAACAACCAGCAGCAGCAGCACAGAGGGAGGGAGCGCUGUAGUCCCGCUCUACAGAUGGAACUUAUUUGCGUAGGGGUCACAAUGUUGGGAUGAAUGGGUGGAGUGCUUCGGCAGUGCUAACCAGAGAUGGCGACCCCUUAUGUGCCCGUGCCAAUAGGAAAUCCGUCUUCAAGCAAUGUACCCACUAGAAGCCAAAGAAGCUCGUCCCUCGGAAGCAGCUCUACAAGCUCAACCUCCUCCAAGGAGCCGCCUGAAGAUGGUGCCCCUAGAAGCCGCAAGAAGCUGAGCGCCCCCGACCAGCUGAGCUGUACGUCCUCUGUGGGUAGCAGCCCCCUGGUAAGGACUAAAUUCGACUCCUCUGUGGAGUACAACUCCCGACCAGUGCCACAUGAACAUGUCCCUGACUCAACUGAGCUGGAAGAGAGGCCUUCAACACCGACCAUCUUGGGGUAUGAAGUGAUGGAGGAAAGGGCCAAGUUUACAGUAUACAAGGUUCUGGUGAGAAGAAGCCCGGAUGAGAGCUGGGUGGUGUUUCGUAGGUACACUGAUUUCUCACGGCUUAAUGACAAGCUGAAAGAAAUGUUUCCCGGUUUCCGUCUCGCGCUUCCACCGAAACGCUGGUUUAAGGACAAUUAUGAAUACGAUUUCCUUGAGGACAGGCAGCUGGGCCUGCAGGCUUUCUUACAGAACCUGGUAGCUCACAAGGACAUUGCUAACUGCGCCCCGGUGAGAUUAUUUCUGUGUCUGGAUGAUCCGCCUGGUCCUUUUGAUAGUCUGGAAGAAAGCAGGGCUUUUUGUGAGACUUUAGAAGAAACGAAUUACAGACUUCAAAGGGAUCUUGCGGAGAAGCAGAAGGAGCUUGAAGCCUUGAAGAAGCUGUUAAAUGAAAAGCAAUUGCACAUAGAGAGGCUUGAGAGCCGGAUCCAGGAAAUGGGCCCAGAGCAUGGUAAGACACGCAGACCUUCUGGAGAAGAGAGCGAGUGCAGUGGAGAGGUGGAGUCCUCCGCCAUAGAGGCAGAUCAGGUGGCUACCGCAGACAAUGGUUCCUUUAAAGAGAGCCAUGAGAACUGCUGGAACGAGUCCCUGCCAGAGAUUGAAGUGGCAGAAGUGGCCGAUCCUGAUGAAGAAGUCUAAUGUGCCUGUAAUGAAAUGGGACGCGUUCUGUGGAUCCUCUCGUAUGCCGAGCUGUUGCCAUACACCUGGGCCUAUAGGAGGGACCAUGCAAGUAGUUUACAGAAACCAUUUCUAGAGAAGGAUUUGUGUGGUCUUGCUGCUAACCGACCGGCCGAAUGGAGACAACUCUGAAGGGCCUGACCCAAGACCCUUCUUAUGGCUCAUGUACACUGUUAAUACACCAGUAAUAGCCUAGUUGUAUCUGUCUCCUUGUGGCACUGAUUCAAGCACUUUUGUCGAAAUCGUCACUAUUCUCCUAAGUGCCACAAGGGCAUGUUCUGCUUUGCCAAGACUUUAUUUCUGUAUUUUUUACACAAGGAAUUAAUUGUUCAGAGCCGUGGAUGUUGCCGACAGUUGUUUUUAUCAGCCGCUGCUCAGAAAGGAAAGACGUUCUAGAGCAAAAGUAUAGGUUGUAUUAUUAGCAUAGAGUGAUUCAUGGAAGAUACACCUGACAUCUGGCAACUCCGUCAAGCUAAAUGCCUACACCGCGUGUGAAUAAGUGAUAGGUGGGACGGGCACCGCAUUGUUUGUAAGCACAAUCACAACCCCGCAUAUCUCCCUGUAACACCUGCUUUUAUUUAAAGACUCCUCUCUAAAUUUCCAAUAUUUUAGCAAAAGCAAUCUAAAACUAGAUGUACCAAAUGUAAAAGUGAUGUAUUUAUAAAGUGAGAGAAAGUGACUGGUCAUGUAUAUUUUACACUAUAAGGGGAGGGGAGCUAAAUAGUUUUUGCACUUGCAGAAUAUAUAUAUACGUAUAAUCUCAACAUAGACUGUGUCAGAUAUUAUGAUUGCAGAUGUAAAGUCAUUGCUCCCACUAUUUAACUCAGUCUGCACCAUAGUUAGCUGGUCUUUUAUGGUGUUGUCAGCUUAUGGUGCAUGUGUGUAUGUGUGUUCAUAUGUUAUAUAACCAUUUUUGCUUUUGUAAUUCUUUUUUAAAGUUAUAAUGCCAUAGGCGAUGCCAUCAAUAUAUGACCAAUUGGAGCGCACCUAUUUUGUGACUCCUUUGCUCUUGCAGUUUGGAGGAGGACGUCCUAGUGAUUGAAUUCCCAUCAAUCUCACAUUUAUGGCACGUCAUUUUUUUUUUUUUCAGUAUGUCUUUGUAUCAUAUAUGUACAAAAAACAGGUACAGAUGUCACCAGAGUACUGAGGCCAUUAGACACUGUUUUGGGACCGGUGCCAAGUUGAGGUAAGCAGAGAUUGUUUUUAGUGCACAAUGUGGCUUCAAGAACUCCCUUUGCCAUCUGUAUCUGUUUUUAACAAAUGCCUUAAAACUCAUUUCACAACUUUUACUAUGCCUUUAAAAUCAUUAAGUUUUCACAAUGUACCAUUAUUAGUAUCUUUAAAUAGUUAAAUUUUGCAUUCCAGAUGCAGGCUUUACUAUCCAUUCAUUGUUCAUUAAAAGCUUUGUAUAAUUGUGGAAAUGUUGGUUUUACUUUACAUAAUGUCUGGAUUAAAACUGGAUUCUUUUUUAAUGCUGACCAUCAUUGGUCUCACAUUUACUCAAGGCUAUUGACUCA